AAGUUCUCUGACUGGAUUCAUUUCGCAUGAUUACGGAAGAAAGUUGCCAAAGAUGGCCGAUCUCAGCGUGUCCUUAUCCCUGUUGGUGGGGAUUGUAGUUUCCAGCGAGGUGGCGAGGAGGAUUGCCUUAUAUCUGCUACCAAAACGCGUCUGGACUAUAUAUGUGCUGGAGUUUAUUUCCACGUUCCAACUGUGCGCGUGCACGCAUGAGUUAAAGCUGCUCGCGGAGGUGGGCGGACUCGAGCCGCAGAUUGCUUUAACUGUGACGUAUGUGAUCUCGGUGGUCCACGGGCUUUCAUUCCACGGCGCGAUCUGUAACCCCACCGGCGCUCUGGAGCAACUUUGCCGCGGGACUCUCACCCGCAGAGGCGCACUAGCACGGAUUUUAUGCCAGUUGAUCGCGGCUGUGCUGGCACGCAGCGUGAUGCCACACGUGUGGGCACUGGCGCUCUCUGGCCUUCACUCACAGCACAAACUGAUGGGGUUUAAAUGCAUGAACAGCCCCAUUAAUGCCCCGCUGCUGCAGGCCGCCUCUGUGGAGCUGGGCUGCGCUUUUGUGAUACACACUGCAGUCUCUAACGCGGAUAAAGUGGAGAAAUAUCGAGUUCAUGCCAUAGCUGCUGUCAUUACCACCUUAGUCUAUGCAGGUGGACACAUCACCGGAGCAGUCUUCAACCCAGCACUGGCAUUCUCAAUUCAGUUCCCCUGUCCUGGAAACACUUUCUUAGAGUACACAUUUGUAUACUGGCUGGGGCCAAUACUAGGUAUGACAGGCUCUCUGCUGCUUUCUGACCAAGUGAUCCCAGUCAUUUCAGGAAAAAGCACAAUUUCGAAGGACUUGAACUCCAAUGGACUCCGAAAGAAAAAGAUGAAUUAAAUUAAGGUGCUAUUUCAAAGGAUCUUAGAGGGUAAAGAGUCUCUGUAUAGAGACUGUUUACUAAAUAUAUAGUUAUAUACUGUGAAUGCACAGAAUAGAAUGACACUGUUAUUCUCAUUUUUAUGCUCAACUCAAAGUAUUAAUGGAGCUGAUUGGGACCUUAAUAUUUUUACUGAAAUCGAUAAUUGCAGGUUUAAUGAAACUAAAGUCUUAUAGAGGGGGAAAUUGUGUUUUAAUAAAACAAUAAUGCAUAUUCAUGAAGCACAAUUAUGUUUAGCUGCAGGUUGCCUGAACAGAAAGCACAUGACCAAUGCAAAUACUUUGCAACUAUUUUAGUCAUAUUUUAGUUAGUUUUUAUGUUUCUUAAAUUCACUGUAAUAAUUUAUUUUGCCAACCAUAUUUUUAAUAUGUGAAACUGUAUCUUAACAACUAGACAUUCCUGGAAAAAUACACCUGUGAAGUGUUCUUUUAGAGCUGUAAGAAUAUUAUUUGAAGUUAAUCUCCAGCGAUUAUUAUUAUCUUGUAAUAGGUAAUGUUAUACAACAAUAAUAGUAAUUAUAAAGCACAGAUUUGCAGUGCCUUUGGGGCAUCCUGGGUAAAAUAACCUAGGUAGACCAAAAACAGACCAGAAAAGUGCCAAGUCGAAGACAAGCCAGUCAAGUUAUUUUGAACACAGAAUGUAUUACACACUCCUGAAACUGUAAUACUAAGAAAAAAAAACUAUUUUAAUUAAACUUUUUAUAUAAAAAAAAAACAUGUCCUAUUUGUUGUUUAUUGGUUGUUAUGUAACCUGAGAGAUCAGGCCAGAACAUAUCAUGUGUUGAACAUUUGACCUUUUGUGAACUCACAGAUGUGCUUUACUUAUACGGCACACAGUGCAAAGACACAAAUGUGCAUGUGAUUUCUCAUGCUGUGGUGAGAAACGUACACCUUUAAAGUUUCUCUAAAGAGAUCUAUUAAAACAACAAAAAACGAGCAACUGAGAGAUGAAAAGAAUAGAAGACACUAAAUGAAACGAAAACAAUUUUGAUUUUGCUUGCAUAACUGGACGUUCACACACGACUGAGUUUUGUUCAUAUAAUGGACUUUGGUUUGCUGUCAAAUUCCAGCUUUAAAGGGACAGUUCACUCAAAAUUGAAAAUUCCUGUUCAUGUUUGUUUAUUUGUUAGGAUCCCCAUUAGCUGUGCCCUAGAGCACUGCUAAUCUUCCUGGGGUCCACAUACAUAUAUAAACAUACAUUUAAGAACAUACAUUAAACAUUACAAUCCAUACCAAAUCAAAACAUUUCAGAACAUAUAUUCGACAUUACAAUCAGCACAAUAUAUGACAAAUACAGACAUAUAUAAUAAAAAAUAACAUUAAGAAUUUAUGAGCAAGACUUGCAUUGCUAUGUAUGUAUAUCUGAGUAUAUGUGUAUGUAUAUGUAUGAAUAAAAACUAACUCUAAAGACUCUCUCAGCUAAGUUCUCAGCAAAGUAAAACUACUUGUGUUGUUCCAAACCCAUAUGACUGUCUUUCUCUCAUGAAACACAAAAGGAGAUGUUAGGCAGAAUGUUAGCCUGCGUCACCAUUCACUUUCAUUGUAUGGAAAAUGGAAGUGAAUGGACGCCUAUAUGAUGCCUAAAAUCUCAAGGUGAAUGAGUGAUGACAGGAUUUUCAUUUUUGGGAGAACAAUGCUAGGGAUAUCUUCUGUUAGAAACAUUCCAACUAAGGUAUAUCAAACAAAUACUCACAAAAACAAAAUAAUGCCUAAUUACGGAAACAUACACAAUAUUUGUGACAAAUUCUGAUUGGAUAUUAGAGUCACAUUAAUAUUAAACUAUUGAUAACUACAAAAAACAUCUGGAGGAAAUGCAUUAGAUUUUAGUAUGGUGUGUGUGCUCAUCAUGUGUCUGUGUGUAAAUUACAUCAUUUAUGAAUCAUCAGUGAGGUCACCCUUCAAAAAAGCUGAUGACAGCAGUUGUCAGGCCUGAAGACUCAUAUGAUCUAGUGAUUCACUGGGAAUAACUUGUCUGAUUAGGCUAGUGGAAAGACUGUUGCCAAAUUAUCUCCGAGGGCAAAGUCCACACAUACAGCGAGUGGACACCAGCACAAGACUAAGGGAAAGACAAUCAUUAUUUGAGCACAAAUCCUCAUGCAUAAUGUUUGCCAUAAGAAAAACACAAUCUGCCCAUAACACAAUCUCACGAAACUGCUUUUCCACAUCGGGCCAAAUGGUUCUUGUUGCGGAACCGUACCAUUCUGUUCCCGUUGACAAAGUUAUGACUGUAGUGCUGCAAAAUUAGGAUUAGAUGGACUGACUUCGCUGUAAAAAUGUAAAUUGAGUUCUAUCCUGGUUAUGGGGAUUUUUGAGUCACAGAUACUACGAAAUGUGAAUUACUUUCAUCUACAUAAAAACACGUUAGACCAACAAUAUUCCCCUAAAUGUUGUUAAUAAGGUUUGCCGAUUGUCACCGUUAUUGAGGUUUGUGUGUUAAUGGUUGAGGUCUGUUGUGUGUCUGUCAAUUAACUGUACCGUCCUGCCUUGCCUUGCAAAACAUACCUCUCUUCAGAGGCAAAGAUUGCCGUUAACUUCAAAUAUAAAGACUUGAAAAGGUGAUAAAAUGAAAGACCUCCUAUUGAUAGUUUGCUGAACAAGAAAUUAGAAGUUCUCUUAACAAGAAUUUUUGCAUUUAGUAAACAAACCAAUCCACAUUGACUAAAGAAUGCAAUGUUACAGAGGACAAUUAUUUAACAGUUGUUGCAAGAACUCAAAUCAUACUGCAUCAUUUUGCCAUGAAGUUUGCUCAAUUCUUUUUUGAUAGUGCGAGCAAGUGACCAAUUGUGAGCCACCACGUCACUACAGGCAUUCUACUAAAACAGUUCUCCAUUCAGUACAGUUAGUUAACCACGUUGAGCAUUCUGGGACGCAAAUGUCCGAAACGUAGUACCGAACUGAACCUUGCUUGGAAAUGCUUAAGUUAUGCUUACAACUGUUCUUCAGCCCGAUGCUAAAAAUGUAAUUUCAUCCCAAAUAAAAAAAUAAAAAAGAAAUAAUAAAAAAAGAAAUAACAUUUCACUUAAAGAAUUUUAAGCUUAUUUUAGAUUUUUAGUUCUUUUUUUUUUUUUUUUGUUGCAUUGUGACAUGGUUUUAAUGACAAUUAAGCACAAAGUAGUACACAACAUUCACAACAGAUACUAUGAACCACAACAGAAACUACCAUGCAGUAUAAAUAUUUUCUAUUUAAAUAUAUUUUUUUGCAUUAAAAGAUGAGAUUUUCUUUUAGCAUUACGGUAAUGAGCAUUUGGGAAUGGGAUGUGCUUAAUUUCAUGAAAAUAAUGUUAAGGGUUCCCACUCCUUUUGACCAAUGAAUUUCCAUGACUUUUCCAGUAUUUUUUUACAACUUACUAAUUUCUAUCACAAUUUUAACAUUCCUUAAUAUUUUCCCAGCUUACCAUGACUGUAGGAACCCUGAAAUGUCACAAUGCAAAAAAUAUCAAACCCAAGAAGAGGCUUCUUUUUCUUUAUACAACAUAUACAUACAUUAUUUCUUAUUUUUUUUAUUUUGGAGUGAAAUAUGAUCCUCACAUUUCAUGACGAGAGUUUCGUGAGAUUCACCCAUUAGAUGUCUGAAUUAAUUGACAGAUAAAAUACUUUUCUCUCG